GAUGGGAAGAAGCAUCAGAUCAUCUUUUCAGCGGCAUACCUCAAGUUUCCGAAGCAGUACUUCAGGAUUGAGUUCUGCAAAAGGAGAUGGUGACGUUGAAUACGCAUUACAGUGGGCUGAAAUUGAGAGAUUACCUACAUUUGAGCGGCUGAGAUCUUCUCUAUUUGAUAAGGAUGCUGAUAAAGGAAAACAAGUGAUUAAUGUUACGAAACUCGGGGCUCUAGAACGGCAAGUCUUUGUAGAGAAGCUCGUCAAACAGAUUGAGAAUGACAACCAUCACUUGUUGCAAAAAAUUAGAAACCGAAUAGACAAGGUUGGUGUAAAGUUGCCUACUGUAGAAGUGAGGUGCAGAAAUCUGCGUGUUGAAGCUGAGUGUGAGGUCGUGCAUGGCAAGGCCCUUCCAACCCUAUGGAAUUCUCUUCAAAGCACCAUCUCGAGCGUAAGUAUACAAUCACGUCAAGCCAAGAUAAGCAUCAUCAAUGACGUUAGUAGUAUCAUAAAGCCGGGAAGGAUAACUCUGCUGCUUGGCCCCCCGGGUUGCGGAAAGACGUCCCUUUUAAAGGCCCUGUCCGGGAAUCUAGACGAAUCUCUCAAGAUUACUGGUGAAAUAUCUUACAAUGGAUACAAGCUAGAAGAGUUUGUCCCCCAAAAGACUUCGGCUUAUAUCAGCCAAAAUGACGUGCACAUUCCUGACAUGACCGUGAGGGAAAUACUGGACUUUUCAGCUCGUUGUAUGGGUGUUGGGAGCCGAACAGAUGUUUUGAUGGAAGUCAGUAAAAGAGAGAAGGAAGCCGGAGUUGUUCCCGAUCCAGACAUAGACACUUACAUGAAGAUCAUUGGACUUGAUAUCUGUGCUGACACUCUAGUUGGAGAUGCCUCGAGAAGAGGUAUCUCUGGUGGUCAGAAAAAGAGAUUGACUACAGGGGAGAUGAUUGUAGGUCCUACAAAAGCUCUGUUUAUGGAUGAGAUAACAAAUGGCUUAGACAGUUCCACUGCCUUUCAAAUUGUUACUUGUCUUCAGCAGCUGGUGCAUAUCACAGAUGUUACAUUACUGGUUUCCCUUCUUCAGCCAGCCCCAGAGACAUUUGAUCUUUUUGAUGACCUCAUUUUGAUGUCAGAAGGAAAGAUUGUGUAUCAUGGACCACGUGAUUAUGUUCUAGAGUUUUUUGAGGAUUGUGGUUUUAGAUGUCCGGCGAGGAAAGGGGUUGCUGAUUUUAUCCAGGAGGUAAUCUCAAGGAAAGAUCAAGCACAGCACUGGUAUCACACAGGAGUACCUCACAGUUACAUUCCUGUUGAUUUGUUCUCUAGGAAGUUCAAAGAGUCUCCAUUUGGAAAGAAGCUGGAAGAGGAGCUCUCAGAGCCAUAUGAUAAGUCCCAAAGCCAUCAGAGUGCUCUUUCCUUUAGUCUGUAUUCCCUUUCUAAAUGGGAUCUUUUUAGAGCUUGCGCUUCAAGGGAGCUCCUUCUCAUGAAAAGGAAUUCUUUUAUCUACAUAUUCAAAACAAGUCAGCUUAUUAUCAUUGCAUGUAUAACAAUGACUCUGUUUUUGUGGUCUCGCAUGGAUAUUGAUGUUUAUCAUGCAAAUUACUACAUGGGUGCCCUGUUCUAUGCUCUUGUCAUCUUUCUUGUUGAUGGUAUACCAGAGAUAUCCAUGACUAUUCAAAGACUUGAAGUAUUCUACAAACAGAAAGCAUUUUAUUUUUACCCAGCUUGGGCUUAUGCCAUUCCAGCAAGCAUACUAAAGAUCCCUCUUUCAUUUGUGGAAUCUCUGGUUUGGACGUGUUUUACGUAUUAUGUCAUUGGAUACAGUCCUGAGGCCCAGAGGUUCUUCAGCCAAUUGGUUCUACUUUUUGCGGUGCACCUAUCUUCAAUGUCCAUGUUCCGUUUCCUGGCCUCUGUCUUCCAGACAAAUAAUCGAUCUCUUACAGCUGGGAAUCUUGCAAUAUUUUUUGAACUGUUAUUCGGUGGCUUCCUUAUUAAUAAAUCUUCCAUGCCUGUCUGGUUGAGGUGGGGUUUUUGGGUUUCACCCAUGACAUAUGGAGAGAUAGGGCUUUCUUUGAAUGAGUUUCUUGCCCCAAGAUGGCAAAAGAUGACAUCGGCAAACACUAUGAUUGGGCAAGAAAUACUUGAAAGCCGUGGACUAGACUUUGAUGGUUAUGUUUUUUGGAUAUCACUCGGUGCCUUAUUUGGAUUUACAGUAGUAUUCAACGUUGGAUAUAUUUUGGCGUUAAGUUACUUGAAGUGUAAGCCUGGUGUUCUAACAGCUUUGAUGGGUGUCAGUGGAGCUGGCAAAACAACUCUUCUGGAUGUUCUAGCUGGAAGAAAGACCAGUGGUUAUAUUGAAGGGCAAAUAAAGAUUGGAGGGUAUCCCAAGGUUCAAGCAACCUUUGCUAGGUUAUCGGGUUACUGUGAACAAACUGAUAUACAUUCUCCUCAACUAACUGUAGAGGAAUCAGUCAUAUUUUCUGCUUGGCUGCGCUUGUCUGCUGAAGUAGACCAAAAAAUUAAAGCCGCGUUUGUGGAUGAAGUCCUUGAGACCAUUGAGCUUGAUGAAAUAAAGGAUGCAUUAGUAGGUGUACCUGGGGCUACCGGUCUAUCAAAUGAGCAGCGCAAGCGGCUUACAAUAGCCGUGGAGCUUGUUGCUAACCCCUCAAUCAUCUUCAUGGAUGAACCGACAACAAGUUUGGAUGCAAGAGCAGCUGCAAUUGUCAUGCGAGCAGUGAAGAAUGUAGCUGAUAUGGGAAGAACAAUUGUUUGUACCAUCCACCAACCUUGCAUUGACAUAUUUGAAACAUUUGAUGAGUUGAUCCUUCUAAAAACUGGUGGGCGCAUGAUAUACUCUGGACCAUUAGGACAGCAUUCAAGUCGGGUUAUAGAAUAUUUUGAGGUUAUUCCAAGAGUUCCAAAGAUUAGAGAAAAUUACAACCCAUCAAUGUGGAUGUUAGAGGUCACUUCGACAUCUUCAGAGGUUGAGCUUGGUGUAGACUUUGCCCAGAAAUACAGGGAAUCUCCCCUAUAUGAGAACAACAAAGAACUUGUAAGGCAGAUGAGUAGCCCACCUCCUGGUUCAACAGAUCUGCAUUUUGUGUCCCACUUUUCUCAAAAUGGUUGGGGACAAGUCAAAUCCUGCCUAUGGAAACAACAUUUGACGUAUUGGAGGAAUCCUGAAUACAACUUGACUCGUAUGGUGCAUACACUUGUAACUGCUUUAAGUCUUGGAGCGCUAUAUUGGAACCAAGGAAAAAAAUUAAACAACCAGCAGAACCUAUUCAAUAUUUUUGGUUCAAUGAACGCUACUGUUAUCUUCUUGGGCACAAAUAAUUGCUCGACAGUUCUUACAUAUAUAGCAGCAGAGAGAGAUGUUAUGUACCGGGAAAGAUUUGCCGGGAUGUACUCUUCAUGGGCUCAUUCACUUGCACAGGUGAUAGUGGAAAUCCCCUAUCUGUUCAUCGAAACUGUGUUAUUUGUGACAAUCUCAUAUCCAAUGAUUGGAUAUUAUGGGUCGGCUUAUAAGGUUUUCUGGUACUUCUAUGCAAUAUUUUGUUCAUUGCUUUACUUCAAUUAUCUGGGAAUGCUAGUCAUGUCAUUGACGCCAAACUUGAUGGUAGCUGCAAUUUUGUGCUCAGCCUUUUACACAUUAUUGAACCUGUUUUCUGGUUUUCUGAUGCCUGAACCGAAAAUUCCAAAGUGGUGGAUCUGGUUAUAUUAUCUGACACCCACAUCUUGGUCAUUGAAUGGUAUGCUCACUUCCCAAUAUGGAGAUGUAAAUAAGGCCAUCAUGGUAUUCGGAGAAAUGAAAACAGUGGCUGCCUUCUUAGAAGAUUACUUUGGGUUUCACCAUGAUCACUUGGCUGUUGUGGCGGUUGUUCUCAUGGCUUUCCCCCUUGUUUUUGCUUCCAUGUUUGCAUAUUUUGUAGGACGGCUGAACUUCCUGCGGAGGUAAGCGUCUCGCUCUUUCAAUAGAGGAGGCUGGAAAGG